UCACGCGAGGCGCCAUAGCGGAAGUCAGAUCGGGGUCCAUUGAAGUACUGGAGCGAGUCUGUGUGUGGACUGUGCCCGCGUCGUUUCUUGGGCACAGCGGGUUUGUCCAGCGGAAAUUUCAACCAGAAAGAGUCCCGGUGGCCGAAAGCUGCUGAAGAGAGCUAAUAAAGGGAAGCAGUGAGAGAGGCCCGAAGGAGACUUCACCAGAGCUCGCGGGAAGCCGCCGACAAUGAAGGCUGUGAUUUACCAUGCCCUUUCUCAUAAAGAAGCCAAAGAGCACGAUGUACAGGAGCUGGGAACCCAGCGGGCUGAGGCCUUUGUGAGGGCCUUCCUGAAGAGGAGCAUACCGCACUUGAGCCAGCAGGAUUGCGAGAGCCAUCUACAGCGCAAGGCUGUGGUCUUGGAAUACUUCACUCGCCAGAAGCCAAAGCAGCAGAAGAAAUCCAAAGGCCUCUCUGCCAAACAGAGGAGAGACAUGAGGCUCUUUGACAUUAACCCAGAGCAACAGAGAUACAACCUCUUCCUUCCUCUGCAUGAACUCUGGAAGCAGUAUAUCCGAGACCUGUGCCACGGUCUUAAACCAGACACGCAGCCACAAAUGAUUCAGGCUAAGCUCCUAAAGGCAGAUCUUCAUGGUGCUAUUAUUUCAGUCACGAAGUCCAAGUGCCCCUCCUAUGUGGGGGUUACAGGAAUCCUUCUGCAGGAGACCAAGCAUGUCUUCAAGAUCAUCACCAAAGAAGACCAUCUGAAAGUUAUCCCCAAGCUAAAUUGCGUGUUCACCAUCGAAAUUGAUGACUUCAUUUCCUACAUUUAUGGAAGCAAAUUCCAGCUUCGGGCAAGUGAGAGGUCUGCCAAGAAGUUCAAAGUAAAGGGAACAAUUGACCUGUGAACUUAUGUCCCCGGCAGCUGAGAACUGGAAACACCUUAAAUGCCCACUUAUCCAUGGAGAGCUUUCUGGCAGUGGCCUGCCUCUAGUCCACAGAAAGCAGAGCGGCAGAAGAACUUUGAGUAACACAGGAGGAAGUCAGAGGUUGAGAUUUGCCUCUCUAGGGAGGAAAGAGUAGGAGAAAAUACACCGGGACUAACCUUGGCUGAUCUGAAGAAGGGGGGCCGUUAGAUUGUGUCUUUCAUCCUUCUCUGUGUUUCCUAAACAUUUUGUGUGGAAUCUGUUACUCAAUUAAUAACAAAACAUACUACAGGCAUAAAUGGGGUCAAAUGAAAGAA